CUCAAGUAUGAAACAUGCUGCAGAAACUCUCAGCUUUCAUUGCACUUGUAGCUGUGUAUUUGUAUUUCACAAAGGAUAAUUUAGACAUUGAUUCUAUGAUAAGAGAUGUUCUGGAUGAGGAAUAUGACUAUGUAAUAGUUGGAGGUGGUUCAGCCGGAGCAGUCAUAGCUAACAGAUUGUCAGAGGAUCCCCACACCAGUGUACUCUUGUUAGAAGCUGGUGAGGCAUGGUACCCUACAACCUCUCUUCCCAUAGGAGCCCUAUUCAACCUUGGCACUAGGAUAGACUGGCAAUACAAGACAAUACCACAGAAUCACUGCUGUCGAGGAUUAAAAGAUUCAGUGCAAAACAUAGCGAGGGGAAAAGUCUUAGGAGGAUCCAGUUCAAUUAAUGCUAAUUCAUAUGUGAGAGGGAGCAAGCAUGACUAUGAUAUGUGGGCAGAGAUGGGCAACACUGGAUGGAGUUAUGAGGACGUGCUUCCUUACUUUAAGAAAUCUCAAACACAACUAGACCAAGAUUUAAAGAAAUCAAAAUACCACGGGCACUCAGGACCUCUACAUAUAUCUCCUGCACCUAGACUAGAGGGAACAAAGUAUGUAUACAAGGCAGCAGUUGAAGCAGGCCUUGAAACACCAGAGGAUUUUAAUGGAGAAGAACAACUAGGUAUGAGUUUCAACCAAGUGAAUGUAGACAGUAAAGGAGAAAGAUCCAGUACUGCAACUGCCUUUCUCUAUCCAGUUAUGCACAGAGAGAACCUGCAUAUUGCAACAAAGGCCCAUGUCACUAAAGUGCUUCUAAAAGGGAAGAAGGCUGUUGGUGUGGCAUACAUCAGAGACUUGGUAAAGAGAAAAGUGAAUGCUAGAAAAGAGGUGAUACUUUCUGCAGGUGUCAUUGGAUCACCACAUAUUCUUUUACUUUCUGGUAUUGGACCAAAAAACCAUUUGGAGGCAAUGAAUAUCCCAGUGGUUGCAGAUUUGCCAGUUGGGGAGAAUUUACAAGACCAUGUUGCAGCUCAGCAUAUCAACUUCUUUACUAAAGCUCAAACAAUAACAGAGAAAGACAUUACCUCUUGGCAAGAAAGAUGGAAAUAUUAUUUUUUUGGGACAGGUGUUAAAAGGAGCACUGUAACUGAUAUGGUUUACUUCAUGAAGACUUCACAUCAGCCAGCUUUCCACAAAUUCCCAUAUGUACAAAUGUUCAUUAAUGCAGCACUAAUUGGAGAUAUAUGGAAAGAUGUAAUAGGGGUCCGUGAUGAGGUAUGGGACAGUAUGUAUCCACAUGAAGAGUAUGAUGGCAAGAUGGGUCUCAGCAUUAUUGUUGUGUUACUCCACCCUCAUAGUAAUGGGACCAUCAGAUUGAGAUCAACUGACCCAUUUGAUUAUCCCCUGAUUGACCCAAAAUACUUGGAGGACCCAGUUGAUGUGAAACAUUUAGUAGAAGGAAUCAAGGUUGUGACUGAAACACUUUCCAAAACUCAAGCAUUUAAAGAUGGGGGAUUUCAAAUGAGUGCUAAACAUCACCCAUUAUGUACCACACAUGCAUUUAAUAGUGAUCCAUACUGGGAAUGUUAUAUUCGUGCAACACCUCUUAAUGUAUUUCAUCCUACAAGUACUUGCAAGAUGGGCCCUGAAUCUGACAACAACUCCGUUGUUGAUCCACGAUUAAGAGUAAAAGGAAUUGAUAACCUGAGGGUUGCGGAUGCAUCUAUCAUGCCAUUCGUCACCUCUGGGAAUACUAAUGCACCAUCUAUCAUGAUUGGCGAGAAGGCUGCAGAUUUGAUACGAGGAAAAACAACAGUCUGAAAUAUUGUCACAGUACAAUGAUGAUACCCAACCAUUAUAGAUAUCAACCUCAGAGACCUCCAAAUGUGUAACUAAAGGAUCUAUUUUGCAAAUGGAAUUCAGAAAUUUAUUGUUUGACUAUGACGUCAAGGUAACUUUAGAAUUAGAAACUCCUGUUAAAUAAAACAAACUUACAUGUGCCUUGGUUUCCUCCUGCAAAGAUUAGAUCCAUUGCAUAUUCCAGGUCUUCUGAAGCAAAUUUAGGAGAUCUUGACGUCAUAUGUAUGACAUCUACAAAGAUAUGAAAAGCAGCUCAAUGUUCAAGAAAUCAAGUCAAAGAGAGACUGCAUAGUGCAUACUGUAUAAGUGCUAUGUACAUGAAGAGCCAGAGUUGUGCAAGUGACAAAACGGAUAGUCUUACAGGUGAACAUGUGAAUUUUGAUUUCCAACAGAUGAAUUUUUGAAAUUUUUGAAUUCAUAACAAAAGCUAUAUUCACUUUCUAUUGGGUAAAAUGUAAAAGAUUAAGAAAACAAGGCAUUUUAGGAAUCUGCCCAGCCUUAUGCUAUUAUGCAAAACAUUGAAUCAAUACAAAAAUUUGUCUCUACACACAAUUUG